AAUAUCUACUUUCGAUCACGUGUCUAAGGACCAGUUAGUGGGAUAGCACGUCAUCUCGCCUUUCCAAAUUUCUCCUCUACUGUUCGAAUCCAAGGCAUCUAAUUUGGUCUUGCGGAGGACUGAAGGGAAUAAUGUUCAACUCUGUCAAUAUAGGCAACUUCUGCUCCCAGUCUCGUAAAGAAAGGACUUCCGAGUUCGGUGAGCGGGCGAGCUGCGCCUCAAAUCUGUACCUCCCCAGCACCUAUUAUGUCCCUGAAUUUUCUACAGUCUCUUCGUUUUUACCACAGGCCCAGUCACGGCAAAUAACGUAUUCCUAUUCCACUAACUUCACGCAAGUACCGCAAGUGAGGGAUUUGCCAUUCGAGUUGAAUCCGUCGGGAAAGUGGCACCACAGGGGGAACUAUUCAUCUUGUUAUGCGGAGGAGGACUUAGCGCACAGAGAUUGCCUUCCGCCGUCAGCCACCAUGACGGAAAUGUUGAUGAAAAACGAAAAUGUCUACAAUCACCACCACUACCACCCGGCUAUUAACCAUCCCGGCACUGGCUUUUACUCGAGCAUCGGAAAGACCAACGUUCUUCCGCAGAGUUUUGAUCGUUUUUUAGACUGUGCCCAUAGCGGAGCAGAUGGUGGAUCUGAAGGUAACUGUUUGCAGAAAGGCAGCUCUGGAAAGCCGGAGUCGGCGUCUCAAGUGUCUUCAGUUCUCCGCAGUACUGCAGAUGUGGAGAAAGAGCUUGAGUGUGAGAAAAACACUACCACGGGUUCUUUUGAAGCCUCGUCGGGAACAAAAAACGACAACCAAACCAAAUCCGGUCACUCCGCUACUCCGCGAAUGAGGAAGAAGCGAUGUCCAUACACCAAGUUUCAGAUCCGAGAACUUGAGCGAGAGUUCUUCUUUAAUGUUUACAUCAACAAGGAGAAACGGCUUCAGCUCUCCAGAAUAUUAAAUCUUACUGACCGACAGGUCAAAAUUUGGUUUCAGAACAGACGGAUGAAGGAAAAGAAGUUAAGCCGAGAUCGCCUACAUUAUUUCUCUGGAAACCCGCUGAUGUGAAUCGUGAACAUUUCUUCGAGGGACAAAAAAUGAAUAUAUUCUUCAACGAGCCAAAAGAGCCCACGUUACACCUUUUAUCUGUACUGGCUACCGGGUGUGGCUUACCUUCUGGACGGCCGCGUGUUCCGCUCCAGCCCGCGGUCGGUGAGCGAGCGGCGACUCAUGGUUCCUCCAAUUUUAGGACGAUUUUCUAGCUGGUGGAAAGAAAUCCCUUUACGGAAAGCCGACGCAGUGACAUUCUUCACCUUUUACCUGAAAAAUCUCCUACGAGAGCAUUUAAAAGCAGACAAUAUUUUCUUUGUGCAUCUUACACCCCUACCCAUCCACCCACACAUUUGUUCUAUAGCUUGAUUUGUUCUGGACGUUGUUAAAAGUUUGUAUUGCUGACAAAUCCUGCGGUAUUACCAUCUUUAAAUGAAUCGCUUGCUGUAUUACUCGAUUGUCGCUUUGGAGAAAAGCUUUCGCCAAAAAAACAAACAAAAAACAAACGUAAAUACCUACACGUAAAUAACUGGAUAUGGAAUGUUUCAUACUAAAAUAUGUGGUUUAAAAACAUUAAAAAAACACAGCCUGUCUAUCUGAGACUAGAUAUAGGUUGUAUCUUUUUGUGUUGUCCAAAAACAAAAGGUUUCAUUUUCAACACACACACACACACACACACACACACACACACACACACACACACACACACACACACACACACACACACACACACACUGUAAAAAAAUCCAACUUACAAAUUGUUAACUCAGUUUAAAAUUGUAAGUUAGGAGGACUUAUUUUUGAGUUAUGAGUUGAAUUCACUCAUAAAAAUGAUUCAACUGCAUGUUUGGAGCUGUUUGUUCAAUGAAAGUUAAAAAUUCAGUCGAGGAGACUUUAAAUUUUAAUUUUUGAUCAUUUGAGUGUUUACCACUGUUAAAAAUAAAAAGUUGAGUUAACUUAAAAUUUUAAAGCAACCGGCUGCAAAGAAAUUUGGAGUUUAUUAAGCUUCAGUGUUUGAAGUUGUGCCAAAUUAUUCCGUAAAUUAUACUUGACUUAAACCAGCCUUUUCAGUCACCUUAAAAAAAAAAAAUGGCACAACUUCAACCACUGAAGCUUAAUAAACUCCAAAUUUCUUUGCAGCCGGUUGCUUUAAAAUUUUAAGUUAACUCAACUUUUUUUUUUUUUUAUAGUGCACACACACACACACACACACACACGCACACGCACACGCACACGCACACACACACACACACUAAUAAGGCAAAACACCUGUGUAAAUAAAGAAAUAAAAUGUAUUAUUAGUAUUGGUAAAACAAA